AUGACCACAUUAAUCCUACAAAACAACGAUAUCAACGUGCUCCUUACUGCCGAUUUCGAGACCAGAGUCGAAAGAAAAUACAUGAAAACACAUGACACCGAUGAAGAUCAGAUUAAAGAACUUAUAAGACAUAAUGAUGAAAAAUUUGAAGAAAAAUUGGUUGAUUUCAUCCUUGAUACUACUGAAAAAAAUGUGGAAGAAUCGUUCAAAGAGCUUUACGAAAUCGUGAUGAAGACCAAAACAAACAAUGAAAUUUUUAAGAAAUUGGGAAUAGCUUUAGCAUUUUUAUUGUUUAGCAUUCUUUUAGAAAUCAUUUUUAACAAAAGAUAUUUUAUUACAGAAAUAAAAUAA